AUGGAAUCUAAAUCACCACAAAAGUUUCUUGAAGCUCAGGGUGGCACUGCGGGUAACUCGAGUGAUGACAACGUUGGAUCUUUAUCAGGUUCUCCAAUAUAUCGACCAGUUGAUAAUACUUUUUCAGUCUCUUCUUCUCCUGAGGGUUCGCCCUAUAGAAUUAAAACACCUCGUCCCAUCGUUGCUUAUUCACCGCCUCACACUGAAUACCCUGAUCAUAAGUUUCACGGUUGUUCCUCUAUCCUCGAUUAUGAAAUUAAUGAUAAGCUUGGUGAGGGAACAUUUGG